AUGGGUGCUUGUGCUUCGUCGAGGAGAAAAGGUUGUGUCGUGUUCCCUUUCCCUUCCAAGAGGAAAGUCGAGGAGAAGAGGAAGAGCGACAAUGGAGAAGGUGGGAGGCGGAGGAGGAAAUCCCGGAGACGGAUUAUCAAGCGGCGUGUUUCCUCUCGCAAGGUUGAAACCCUCGAUCCUACCCGCCAAACCGAUCGGACUUUCUCUAAUCCUGUGUUUCAAGGAAGCAUGGAUGGUACUUGGUGUGAUGCCACCUCUGAGCUUGAAUCUGAAUGGGAUGACGAGUUUUAUAGCGUUUAUGAAGAUGGGUACUCUGUCGUCGACUCUAAUGACAAUGGUUCUAGCCUAAGUGGUCCGCCUCAUGAUAGCAUAGCCGUCGAUUCAGCUCGAGAUGUCUCUCGUGGAAGCGGUAAUGAGCAGCCCAAGCACACACAUUCUUCUUCGAGACUGAAUGAUGCUACUCAAAGGGAAGCGAAUCCUGCUGCUGGAGAGGAAGUUUCAAGUGUGAGUAUUGUGGCUGAUAAUCAUUGUGGGAUUCUACAAAAUGCUUGCUUGCCUUGUAUUCCUUCAAAUGGUCCUACGGUGGAAAAGAAGAAAUCGAUGAAUUCUGAUACUGCCAGCUCAAAGAAAAAACCUAUGCUUAGACUUUCAUUUAAAUGGAAGGAAGACCCUGUGCCUACAUUAUUUUCUCCAAAGGGACUUUCCCAGAGACCAGUUGCUGGUUCUACUUUUCCUCACUGCCCCAUUGAUAAGAAGAUUUCAGGUUGUUGGUCUCCUCUUGAGCCAAGUAGUUUCAAAGUACGGGGAAGGAACUACCUCCGGGACAAGAAGAAAGAGCCUGCACCAGAAUGUGUUGCAUUUCACCCUUUUGCUGCCGACAUCUUCUUAUCUGAGAGAAAAAUUCCUCAUAUUGCUAGAUAUGUUGAACUCCCAACGUUUAGUGCCUAUGAUGAAGUCCCAGCUGUUCUUGUUGUUAAUGUUCAGGUACCAUUAUAUCCUGCCUCAAUUCUGCACGGUGAAAGUGACGGAGAAGGAAUGAAUUUGGUUAUGUAUUUUAAGCUGUCUGAGAGUUACUCAAAAGAGCUCCCCACUCAUUUCCGGGAAAAUAUUAUGAAACUCAUUAAUGAUGAGGUUGAACGGGUCAAAGGUUUCCCUCUCGAUACAAUUGCACCAUUUAGGGAAAGAUUGAAAAUUUUGGGCAGACUUGCAAAUGUCAAUGACCUUCAGUUAAGUGCUACCGAGAAGAAGCUCAUGAAUGCUUACAAUGAGAAACCUGUUCUAUCACGGCCUCAGCACGAAUUUUACUUGGGAGAGAACUACUUUGAGAUUGAUUUGGAUAUGCACAGAUUCAGCUACAUCUCUCGGAAAGGUUUUGAAACAUUCAAUAACAGACUGAAGUACUGUAUAAUGGACUUUGGCCUGACAAUUCAGGGACACAAGGCAGAAGACUUGCCUGAACAUAUUCUGUGCUGUAUGCGCCUAAACAACAUUGACCACACUAAGUACAGCCAACUCGGAUGUUGA